GGACUUCGCUGCACAGGUCUCUUUGCCGCGUGACACCGGCUUCCUGAUGUUAAAAGUGCGUUUACCUGAUUGCUCUAUCCAUGGAAGAAGACGAAAUAGAAGCCGACAGCCCCGUGGGCGCUGAAGAUUCAAAUGGAGAUUCCACUGAGAGGAAACCAAAUAUGUCCAGACAGGAAAUUUUUACACUGAUCUCUACGGCAUCUGUAAAUUUUAGCGCAAUGAUUUGCUAUUCGAUACUAGGCCCAUUUUUCCCCAAAGAGGCUGAGCAGAAAGGGGUCAGUGAGACUGUAAUUGGAUUGAUAUUUGGAUGCUUUGCACUGUGUGAUCUGUUGGGAUCUUUAGUCCUUGGAAAAUUCAUUGUUCAGAUAGGAGCAAAAUUUAUGCUUUGUGCUGGAUUAUUUUUAUCUGGAGGGUGUACUAUUCUUUUUGGUCUGCUUGAUAAAAUCCCAAAUGAAAUACCUUUUAUAUUGAUGUGCAUUAUAAUAAGAUCCAUAGAUGCUGUUGGCUUUGCUGCUUCAAUGACCUCAUCUUUUGCCAUCAUUGCCAAGGCUUUUCCAAAUAAUAUAGCAACAGUAUUGGGAUGCUUAGAGAUUUUUUCAGGUCUUGGACUUAUACUGGGCCCUCCAUUAGGUGGUUUUCUUUACCAGUCCUUUGGUUAUGAGAUUCCAUUCAUUGUGCUGGGACUUGUUCUCAUAUUGAUGGUGCCUCUGAACAUUUAUGUUUUGCCGUCCUAUGAUGCUACACCAAGCAGUGGUUCUUUUUGGAGGCUCUUUACCCAGCCAAAAGUUUUGCUUCUUUGCUUUUUGUUAUUUUCCAUGAGUUCAUGUCUCAGUUUUCUGGACCCAUCUAUAUCACUUUUUGUCAUUGAAAAGUUUAACUUGCCUGUUGGGCAUGUAGGACUAGUAUUCCUUGGUUUAGAAUUAUCUUACUGUUUGUCUUCACCUUUGCUGGGCAUUGUUAGCGAUAAAAUGCCUAAAAGUAGAAUAUGGUUUAUGGUGAUUGGUGGCAUCGCAACAGCACUUGUCUAUUGUUUUCUGGGACCUGCUCCAUUUCUUCAUUUAAAAAGCCAGCUAUGGCUGUUUGUCUUGAUGCUGGCCCUGCUGGGAUUUUCCAUUAGUAUGACUUGCAUCCCCACCCUUCCAGAAAUUUUCAAGUGCUCAUAUGAACAUGGAUUUCCAGAUGACUUAAGCACUCUGGGCAUUGUGUCUGGUAUGUACGGUGCAGUAUGGUCUUCUGGGAAUUUCUUUGGCCCAACUCUUGGUGGAUUUCUGGUUGAAAAGUUCAAUUUUGAGUGGGCUGCAGCUGCUCAAGGAGGGCUUGUAUUUAUAUCAGUACUUUUAUUAGGCACCUACUACUUUGCAGAGCCCUGUUUCAGAAGACCUGCUCCUUCAAGUAUUGAAGAAAGUGAAGAAAGAGCACCCUUACUUUCCAAUCACAUUUAAUGUUUGACUUUAUGUUAAUUGUGAUAUUAUUAUUACUAUUAUCCAUCCAUCCAUUUUCCAACCCGCUAAAUCCGAACACAGGGUCACGGGGGUCUGCUGGAGCCAAUCCCAGCCAACAUAGGGCACAAGGCAGGAACCAAUCCUGGGCAGGGUGCCAACCCACCGCAGGACACACACAAACACACCCACACACCAAGCACACACUAGGGCCAAUUUAGAAUCGCCAAUCCACCUAACCUGCAUGUCUUUGGACUGUGGGAGGAAACCGGAGCGCCCGGAGGAAACCCACGCAGACACGGGGAGAACAUGCAAAC